AUGGAUAGGCUUCCUACAAAGGAUAGGUUAGCCAGAUUUGGAAUUCAGGUUGAUCAUAUCUGUGGUCUGUGUGGAGUUGAGCUGGAAUCUCGGAAUCACUUGAUUUUAGAAUGUUCUUUCGCCCGAGAGGUUUGGGAUGUAAUCUUGCAGACUUGUGGUCUUCAUAACCAGCCGAUUCUUUGCUGGGAUGAUUCUUUGCACUGGCUGGCCUUGAAUUUGAGGGGUAAAUCCCUUCUUGUUUGUAUCCUAAAGCUUGCUUGGACUGGUUUUGUCUAUUUUCUUUGGGAGGAACGUAAGCAUAGGCUGUUUAGAGGUGUUAAUCGUUCGGUUGAUACAAUUGUUCAUAAAAUUAGAGAUUCUAUAAGAAUUAAAUUGUAUAGAUGCAGUAUGAACUUGAUUGAUGAUGUAAAUAGGAGGCUAUGUCUAGAUUGGGAUUUGUCUUGGUGUUAUAUUGUUCUUUGUAGCAGCUUGCUGUUCCUUUUGGAUGAAUAA